AUGCUGGAAGGUUCGAAUAGAAUUGGUGGGAGGGUCAAAUCUGUAAAAUUUGGCGGCAAGCCUGUUGAGGAAGGGGCGAACAGGGUGAUAGGAAAAGAAGGCACCCGUUUAUGGGAUGUUGUCCAGAAGUACAAAGUGUCAGGAAAAAAGACAGAUUAUGACAGUGUUCUAAUCAGAAACUUCCGUGGCCUCACAGGUACAGAAGGAGAAAACGCAUGGACCAAAUUAGAAGCUGCUCAAAUGACCGUAUCCGAGAUCUACAAGAGAAUUGAAGACAAGAAAACGGAGGACAUGUCUGCGCGAACCAGCCUGGACAUUGGAAGAUGGUCUCCUGUGGAAAAGGUUGUGGAGAUAUUUGACUAUGACUUCGAGUAUGGGGGAUCCCCGGGAGUCACUUCAUGCUAUAGUUUCGGUAUUCCUGAAGAAAGUGCCAACGAUCUCUACUACAUCAUGGACAAAUCGGGUAUUGGUGUCCAGAAAAGCGGCUCUGUGACCUUCAACCCACCACUCCCAGACUGCAAGAACGACAAUCUGUUCCGGGUCCGGUUAGAGAACUAUGUUAGUGUAUACUUCAAAUUCCCUAACACCUCAUCGAGGUUCUGGGACAACACUAAAUACAUCCUGUACGCUGAUGACAGACGAGGUUUAUUUCCAGUCUGGCAGAACCUAGAGGUUGACGGACUAUUUUCCCCUGGAACUAACAUUCUCCAGAUGGUCACACAGGGGGAAGAUGCAGACAGAGUGUCCGAACUGACUGAUGCAGACAUCACUGGUGAGGUGAUGGCGAUACUCCGGCGCGUCUACACGAACGUUGUCGAUCCGGAAGAUGUAUUCAUCACCAACUGGAAGAGUAACCCGUUGUACAUGGGAAGCUUUUGCAACAUGGACACCUUGGCAUUCAAGCCGGUAAUCUUUGAAGCUAUAAGAGCUCCUGUUGGGAACGUCUUCUUUGCAGGGGAUUCGAAGCUUUUGAUUGGGAGUUUGCCUGUUAUUCAACGCGGGCUGCGAGGAGCGGAAUCUACACUGUGA